AUGGAUGUCGUGAAGGCUGUGGAAACGUAUGUGAACAAGAUGGUGGCGACCCCGUCGGCCAUGAAGGUGUUGCUUCUGGAUUCACAUACGACUCCUAUAGUCUCACUGUCUGCAACGCAAUCGACGCUGCUUUCCCAACAAGUCUAUCUCACCGACCGAAUAGACAACAAGAACCGGGAUCGCAUGCCGCACAUGAAAUGCGUCUGUUUCCUGCAAACUAGCGAAGAUAGCCUUGGUGCUCUUGAGGAUGAACUGAAGGAGCCGAAGUACGGAGAGUAUUAUCUGUAUUUCAGCAACAUCCUCAGCAAAUCCGCGAUCGAGCGGCUGGCACAGGUGGACGAAUAUGAAGUCGUUCGUGAGGUCCAGGAGUUCUUUGCAGACUACGCGCCGGUACUACCAUGUCUUUUCUCACUGAACCAAACGCCGUCAUCUUCAAAACCUCUGUAUGGCUCGACAUUCAACACAUGGGAUCCAAGGGCAUUGGAGCUCACAAUGCAGGGCAUCACAGCCGUCCUGCUGAGUCUCAAGAAGAAACCUAUCAUCCGUUACGAGAAGAUGAGCCCUAUGGCGAAGAAAUUAGGCGUGGAGGUACAGCAUCGAAUACAGUUUGAAAUGUCACUUUUCGACUUUCGACUCACACAAGUCCCGCCUUUGCUUCUCAUUCUUGACCGACGGAAUGAUCCUGUAACACCUCUGCUAUCUCAGUGGACGUAUCAAGCCAUGGUACACGAGCUGCUGGGAAUACAGAAUGGGCGGGUCGACCUCAGCAAAGUGCCUGGGAUUCAAAAGGAGUUGUCUGAAAUAACAUUAACGACAACCACAGAUCCCUUCUUCCAUGCUCAACAUCUUGCAACGUUCGGUGACCUCGGUACAACACUCAAGGAUUAUGUCCAGGAGUACCAGAAACGCUCGCUCGCCCAGAAUCCAUCAGCUAUAAAUUCAAUCGCGGAUAUGAAGCGGUUCGUGGAAGAAUAUCCUGAAUUCCGGAAAUUGGGCGGCAAUGUCAGCAAACACGUCGCCCUUGUUGGAGAACUGAGUAGACUAGUCGACAGGGACAAACUCCUGGAAGUCGGUGAAGUGGAGCAAGGGCUGGCUACGAGUGCGGGCGCUGAUUUCAAGACUGUUCAAGAACUUGUCAUCAAACCCGGCGUUCCAGCCUGGAAUAAGCUUCGGUUGGUGAUGCUCUAUGCAUUGCGGUAUCAGAAGACGCAAACGGGCCACAUCGCAACACUCAUAAAUUUGUUGCUGAAUAACGGCGUUUCUCGAGAGGACGCUAGAUUGGUUUAUGUUCUUCUAAAUGUCGCUGGUUCGGACCAAAGGCAGGACGAUCUCUUCUCAACGGAAUCAUUGCUGGCCAAAGGACGCUCAGCGUUGAAAGGUCUGAAGGGGGUCGAAAAUGUGUAUACGCAACACACGCCUCAUUUGUCGCAAACGCUGGAGAAUCUCUAUCGCGGAAGACUGAAAGAGACAAGUUAUCCCUUCCUUGAAGGGCCUGGCGUCAAUGCUGGAUUACAAAGACCACAAGACGUCAUCAUCUUCAUGAUUGGAGGGACGACUUACGAGGAGGCAAGGACUGUCCAAUUGUUCAAUCAGGACCCCGUCGCGGCCACCAACGGCAGCAUUCUCAAUCCAGCAGGUAUACGCCUCCUCCUUGGCGGGACAUGUGUCCACAAUUCGUCGUCGUAUAUCGAAAUGUUACGUUCAGCAGCCGUCAAAUUCCCGCCGUCGGUGUACGAUCCGCCGCCAGAGUCCGCGUCAAACGCGCCGAUCCUCAACCUGAAUCUCGGAGGGGUGAACGUGAGUCUAGGAGGAUCUGCUCCGGGUGUUUACCGCACGAGCGGCGAAGGGGUCAAUGUGCAAGCAGAUGGCCUUCGGGAUGGUGUUAUGAACUUGCUGGGGAAGGUGAAGGAAGGUGUAGAUCGACUAGCUACAACAUGA